AUGGUGGUGAGUGUUUUCCAGUUGAAAGAGGAGGAGGAGGAAGAGGAGGAGCUGGCCUUGGAUGCUGCGAAGACCCUGGGGACCCCAGGAUUGCACUCCCCCCUGCCCGUGUCGGAGAGCUCCUGCAGUCUGGGGGGCGCUGUGCUGGAGGGGAGCCGCGGGGCUGAUUUGGGGUGCGUGGAGCUGAACGACGGCUCGACGGGGGAGAGCGGGCGGGGCGUUGUGGAGAUGGAGGGAAGUCUGGUGCUGCUGGGCUGCGUGAAGCAGGAAGAGCGGGAUCACGAAGGAGGAGAGGCCGCCCCCAUGACGGUGGAGGAGGAGGAGGAGGAGGAGGGGGGGGCGUCUCAGCAGUCUCUCUCCCUGCCCGUGGAGCUCCUCGACCGGGUGGAUCCGCUCCCCGGGCUGGAGCAGAUGGAAGCGGAGAUGCUGACGGAACGGGAGCUCCGGCCUGGAGCCGGAGUCAGGAGAGCAGGGGCGGAAGAGCGGUGGCCCGGAGGGAGCAGCGCAGGGGCCCAGGUUCGAAGGGGAGCAGGGUGGGAGGAGGAGGAGGAGGAGGAGGAGGGAGAGCGGCAGAGAGGAAGAGAGGCAGACUGCGCUGAUGGAGGCUCCGAUAGAGACGCUGGACAGGCAGAGAGACCCCAGAGGCAAUCAGGAGUCUGUGUAACCGAGGCUUCAAAAGAGACAGGAGGCUCGAGGUCCCGCAGGAAGAAGCCUCCUGCGAAAUGCCAACAGGAAGAGCUGCUGGACAGCCUGGCUCGGAGUUCAGAGGUCGAGGAGGGUUCCGAUCUCUCCGAUUCGGAGGUGGAAGGUGAGGCCGCUGUGCUGGCGCGGUACAGCCCGGGCGGAGACUCGAGCGAGGAGGAGGAGGAGGAGGAGGAAGAGGAAGAGGAGGAGCUCCUCGCCAACGACACAGAACCACAUCAGUGGAAAAAAACAAGUGCCUCUGCUCAGACAGCCCUGCUGUUUCGGGAUCGGGAUGACCAGAGUCUGCCCCUCCCGCGCUCCGCUCCGCUGAGCCCCUCCCAGUACUUCAGGCAGUAUUUCAGCUGGGAGCUGUGGGAGAGCGUGGCUCUGCAGAGCACACAGGCAGGGGGCGCUGCGGGGAGGAUCAGCACCAGGGACGUGUGCGUCUUCAUAGGAGCCAGCAUCGUGAUGGGAACGCUGAGGCUCCCGUCUCUCAAGCUGUACUGGAGCGAUUCCACCCGGAUCCCGUUGAUCUCCGAGUGGAUCUCCCAGGAGCGCUUCUCCGCCCUGGGGAACACCCUGCGCGUCUCCGGGGGGCAGGGGGGGGGGGGGGGGCGGCUGUGGCGGGUCGGGCCGGCUCUGGAGAGUGUGCGGCGGGCGUGCCGGCGGUUGCCGCGGGAGACGCGCUGCGCCGUCACAGAACGUGCUGUCCCGUUCACCCCGAAGCGCCGUGGCGGCCGGGCGUCGGCUCUGAGGGUCGCGCUGCUCCUGGGGGGGGCCAGCGGGAUGGUGCUGGAUCUCCAGUUGGGUGGGGGGCCCCUCUCCCGGGCCGUCGCCGUCGCUGAGCUGGCGGAAACGGUCCCGGGAGACGGGAGUCACGUCCUGCUCCUCCCCCAGGCCGCCCCGCGGACGCUGGAGCUGCUGCUGCGAGGGGGGGUGCACUCCAGCGGGGCCGUGGAGGGCGGCAAGCUGAGGGGCCUGGCCGGGGAGCUGCUGGGGGCUGGAGGAAGAGAGGGAGAGGCUGCGGUGCGCGGUGACGGGAGGCUGGCGCUGGUCCGGUGCAGAGGACGGGUCUUUGCUUCUACGUACCUGGCGGGAGAGCCCUGUGGGGAGGGGAGCGGGGCGGCCGAGGCGAUGGCGAGGGAGCGGCGGCUCUUUGAAGAGACGGUGGGGCGGCAGGGAGCUCUGGGGGAGCUCUAUGGGGUCCCCAGUCCCUGGAGGAGGUGGGAGGUGACGGUGCUGCUCUACCUAGUGGACCUGGCUUUGCUCAACUCCUGGCUGGAAUACCGGCGGGAUGGCGGGAGCCAGCCCGGGAUCAGCCUGAUGGCGUUCCGGAUGCAGGUGGCGGAGGAUCUGCUCCGGUCGGAAGGGAAGCCGGAAUCCAGGGCCAGGAAACGCCCCGGGAGCGAGGGGGAGGAGAAGGAGGGGGGAGGGGGGGAGGUGAAGAGGCCUGCGCUCUCCCUGCCCCUCUCCCCCCCGCCCGCCGCGGAGCUCCGGUACGACGGAGCGGCUCACUGGCCCGAGCAGCUGGAGCGGGCCGGGGGAUGCGGGUUCGAGAGCUGUUCCCAGACGACCAGCGUGAGCUGCAUCAAGUGCCAGGUGUUCCUCUGCAUCGCCACGCGAGCCAACUGCUUUGUCAAGUUCCACAACAAGUAGGGAAAUAGGUUUGUGUCACAAACAAGAGUUUCCUCUGAACUCCGAUGUCAUUAAGAGCGAUUUGACUGAACCCGCUGUCUGCUUUCGCCUGGAAUUAAAAAUAAGCAGCCGCCUUUUACAUCGUCAAUGAGACAGAAUCGCAGCGUCAGUCGAGUUACAGGAAAGAAAAAAGAACUCAAGUCAUCUCAUUUCACAAUCGCCUCCUUUCCAAGAGUUUCACUGAAUAGAGCCGGCUCUGAAAAACUAAACAAAAAGGGGGGGGGGGACCCUCACGUGAUCAAAACUGGAUAACGAAAACAGAGCGCCCCGAGCAUAAGCUGCUGGACUGGGGUCUGGGGGACUGGCAGCGGCUCCGACAGCCUCUGCUGUGUUUGAAACGACCGAGUCCGGUCUUGCCCUGGCCCGUCUUUCUGCACCUGUGCCAAAAAACACUAGCAGGAGAAUUUGUGAGAAAUUGUCGUUCCUGCCUGUGGAUGAGACGGCACGGCUCCUGGUUUUAGAUUGAAUUGCCUCGCUUUGCAUCUUCGUCUCCAGAAUUAAAUUAGAGAAUUAGUUCUCUCCGAGGUUUUUUUUUUUUUUGAGGAGGGUUUUAAAGGUUGUGGCUGAAUUAAUACAUGAAAUGAAAAUGUGAAAUGAAAUGAAA